AUGGCCAUCUUCAAAGGCUUCGUCGAGAGGCUCAAGUCUUUCAGUCCACAGGAAAGAAGAGCCAUAUUCUUCUACAUCUGCGGUAUCAUGCUGUACAAGUUCGGCCUUGAAGCGUUUAACGGGUCAAUCACCGCGCUCGCCACGAACCGUUACGACUACGAAAGCGACACUAGGGGCACGCCAUCCCGCACUUUUGAACGACUCGGUCUCCUCCAGGGACUGAACCAAGCCACGCAGUGUGUCGGCUCCAUCUUAAUUGCACCUCUCAUCAAACACUACCGGACGAAGAAUGUUCUCUCAGCAGCCAUCGUCCUCUUUGGUCUGAUGACGGCAAUCCUGCUCAUCCUCGAUGCUGCGACGGGGGGUACUUUUGUUCCAGAAGCGUACCGAAAGAAGCACCCCAAAGAUGAAUGGUCUUACUACGGAGAUUACAACAACGACGCCAUUAUACCCAUCUACACGGUCACGGGCAUCGCGUAUGGCAUGGUUGAGCUCAUCCGCCGCGUUAUCCCGCGAGAUAUCGUCGGAGGGAACGUUCAGAAACUUCGUCAAAUGGACAGUUUGGUACACAUUUUUUACGAGGUCGCCGGUACAUCAGGGGCCUUCGUCACAGCGCUGGUCCUCAUUCCCAAUCUCGGCAAUAAUCGCUCCUUCGUCAUCACCCCAAUCUGCUUCUCUCUCGCGGCAGUUCUGUGGUUCUUUGUCGUGGACGGCAGCCACGACCGCAACGCCCUCGCGCGAGCUGAAGCCCGCAAAAGCAAUUACUUAAUCAAUAUUAGCAAGGGCUUCCUCCUCUUCUUCGAGUCCAUAUGGGUCGGCGCCAAGAUCCUGUUCACCUCGACGAGAUUCGUCUGGCUGGUCCCGGCAUACGGUGUAGCCCUUUAUGGGCACCGAUAUCUCGAAAAUGGCAUCGCACCCCAAGUGGCACGACGGUACCUGGGCAACUCGGCAUGGUCACAAAUCAUGGUCGGCGGCUCUAAUUUUGGUGAACUCCUGGGUGCGCUGUUCGUCUUCCUGUUCACGAACGUGAUCAAGACGCCCAUUCCGUGGCUUCGCUUAGAUGCCCUGAUGUUGCUCAUUGUUUGGUACAUCCCCUAUUGGUACCCGCCCUCGGGGCAGGUCGGCCAGGCCUGGAUCGUCGCCGCCACAUUUUUGCCAGUUUCGUUCGGUUGGGCCGCGGGAGACGUGUCUCUGGCCGCUUUUAUCCAGGCUUCUCUCGCCAGGCUAGAGGACAAGGAGAACAGGGUUUCGCCUCUCGGGGCGGUUAUGGCGUUCUUGUAUUCCUUCUACAUUGUCACAUAUGCGAUUGCCGGCACCUUUCUCGGAAGAUACAUCGAUGGCGUGUACAACCGAACAGGAUCAGUGCGAGAGGCGCUGGUGAAUACCGCAGGAGUGCACUUCACUGUCAUCAUGGUCACAGUGUUUGCAUCGACGUUUAUUCCCAAGGGUUCUCGGUGUUUCAACCCCGAGAUGCUGGAUGACACGAAGUUGGACGAGGACAUCGAAGAGUGCCUACCGUCGCCAUCUGACAAGGAUAUCAAGAGCGAUGUUGAGCUGAAAAAGGAGGCGCCCGUAGUCGUCUUUUGA